GGAGCCGCGGAGCGUGUUGACGGCUUGUUGUCCAGUGAUGCAGGCGGGCCGCCGAGGAUCCACGUCUUUUUGUUCACAGAGAGGACAAAAGGAUGAUAUGUGAUCACCUGAGCCUAUUGUUGGUACUUUACCUGGUGCUGCGCGCCAUGGGAGCGACUCCAGUCGUUCCAGGCGCCCUGGCUUUCCAAAAGAAAGUGUCCAUCCUCCUGAAAGAGGAACCACAAAACCCCAAGUGCUUUGGCGAAGGAAAGAAUGAGUUCACGUGUUUCUGGGCGGAAGAUGAGGAGCGGGCUGGUUCUGUGGAUCAAUACUCCUUCACAUACAAGUAUCAAAAUGAAAACAGCAGCACGUGCCCGCUGGAGGUCGUGCCCGCAGCAGGCGGGAAAAGGCUGUUCGUCUGCCAUCUGCCCCGGGUUCAGAUGUUCGUCAAGAUGGACAUCCAGGUUCAUAAAGAGGGAAUGUUGAUCCUCAAUCGCAGCCUUCUGCUCGAGCUUGUUUUUCUUCUGAACCCUCCAGCGAACGUGACAGUGAGCUCGACGGGUCAGCAAGGCCAGCUGAACGUAAGCUGGGUGCCGCCUCCUCUCAAGUACCUGGAUGACAGCAUGAUAUAUGAAGUUAUCUACGCUCCCGCGGACAGCCAGGUUGGGCAGGUGGAGAUGGGGCAAGCAUGCUCCGAGUUGAUUCUGCGAGGCCUUCAGUCCGGCACAAACUACAGGGUACAAGUCCGCGUGAAGUUGGAUGGGAUCGCUUACAAUGGCUAUUGGAGUGUUUGGAGUGACCCGGUGUUCAUGGAAACUCUGCAAGCAGAUAUUGACCCACUCAUCGUGUCCCUGACUUUCAUAAUCUCCUUCAUUCUUGUCCUGCUGUGUCUUUUUAUUCUCCUAUCUCAUCACAGGUUCAUUUUGAAGAAGGUCUGGCCGACCAUUCCAACUCCUGACAGCAAAUUCAUAGAUCUCUUUACCGUCUAUGACGGGGACUUCCAGGAGUGGCUAGGGCAGACCAGUGGAGGCUUGUGGCUGACGCCGGCUUUCAUCUACUCCGAAGAAUGCCCCUGUCCCCUGGAAGUACUCUCUGAACUCAGCCUUUGCCCCCCUCUUCCCUUGCCACCACUUCCACCCAAGGCUUCUCAAGUUUUGACCGCUGUCAAAAAUGAGGAGAAGGAUGUGAAGGCAGGACUGGUUGAGAGAGCGCCGUUGGACAGAGGGGAUGCAGGCUUGGCGGACGAGUGGGGAGCCACACCACACAACCAUUGGUUGAUGGAUCGCCUACGAGCGCUGCAGCAGCAUCCGGUCCCCUGCUCGCAGUCGUCUUUACUGGAGUCUCAAGACACCUACGUUACCCUCACCGCCAACAACCACUGUGAGGACGACCACCUGGACGAAAGCCUUGAGGAAACCUCGCCCCUGGAGGUUCUUUUCGCUUCCAGAAAGAGAGCACUGUGCGAAUCUCACUCCGACCUCGGGUCUGUGCCCCAAAGCUCUGGGUCAGGUCGUCUGUCAUCCCAGUCCAGCUUUGAGUACCCAAACCACGUUUGGACGUCCAAAGGUCCUGAGUACACCUACAUGGCAGUGGCAGACUCUGGCGUCUCAAUAGAUUACAGCCCCAUGAGCAGAGUCGAUGACAUAGGCAAAGUGGUUGUCUACGCUAAUGACUACAAAAAUCAGAUCCCUGCCCAAAGGAGAUUCUGCCAAGUGGGGCAGUACCCCAUCCAUGACGACGGCUGACAGUCGAAAUGGACAGGGUCACACAUGGACAGAGGGUUUAAGCAAGCUCUAUGAAGAGUAUCUGGAUAUUCCCCCCAAGGCUGUAGCUACAGCCUCCCAUCAACUGUUAAGAAAAAGGAGCUGGUUGAUACCAAAGUGUAAGCUAAAGGACUGAAACAUAAGGGUCCUCUGGAUGCAUCAGAUCUGUACAGAAGGUUACACUUACAAAGAAAAUGUCUUAACACCCAAUACUGAUAAUCAGCAAUCAUUUAUAUUGCAUCCUGGACAUGAGGUGAAGAUUUCUCAAUUGGAGUGGACGACUUCCUCGAGUCUUUUUACAGUGAUGUAUACAUGUUUGUGCUAAAUGUGCUCCGCUUUUCAGCUUAAUCGUUGCAAGGGCUAUGAAGUUUACACAUGCAAACGUCGCGAAAUAAGAGACUGAUAUAACAACAUUCUUAUUGUCAAGAAAUUCCUGAGCGAGGCAGAUAACCAACAACCCAAACACAAGCCCUCCUGUCUAAAGCUUGAUAUGUUUUAUCUUAUUUCUGCGCCAAACACCCUGUUUUUUUCAAACAGCAUUGAACAUAGGACAGCUGUGUUAGCAGCAGAGCAGUUUGUUAGGUACCAGUUUCAACAAACGCUUAUAAUGACAACGCUGAUGUUUGUUAUAUGAUUGUGUACAAUCUUGGCUAGCAUCCUAACAAUUGAUUAUUGGCAAACACAAAAAUCAGGCUGCAUAGAAUGGGAAUGUCAAUAAUUUUCAAGGUAUUUAGACAAAUUAAACUACUAGGCCAAUCAAAACUUUAGCUCUGAUGAUGAUGUUAGAUAAAAAGGUGGACCACUUCAGGUGCAGUAACUAAAGCUGGGUUGUGGAUGCUCACACAGGCACCACAUUUCUCAAACCACAGGUGAACUAACAGUUGCUUCCGGUCCCCUUGUGGGAUUUACAGACUACAACAAAAAUAUUGGAAUAUUGUCGUUACUUAUCCUGAAAAACAAACAAACAAAUACAGGACUGUCUCAUAAAAUUGGAAUAUUGUGAUAAAGUUCUUUAUUUUCUGUAAUGCAAUAAAAAAAACUAAAAUGUCAUACAUUCUGGAUUCAUUACAAAUCAACUGAAAUAUUGCAAGCCUUUUAUUAUUUUAAUAUUGCUGAUCAAGGCUUACAGUUUAAGAUUAAGAUUCCCAGAAUAUUCUAAUUUUUGGAGAUGUGAUAUUUGAGUUUUCUUUACUAUUUCAGUUGAUUUGUAAUGAAUCCAGAAGUAUGACAUUUUUGUUUUUUUAAUUGCAUUACAGAAAAUCACAAUAUUCUAAUUUUCUGAGACGGUCCUGUAACAUUUUACUUGACCCCCACAGCCAGUUCAGUGUCCGUUAAAAAUGCAACCCCGGGUAAGAUAUUUGUCAUUCUGCAAAGACAAAACCUUUACCUUUAUUAUUUUACCACAUUACUGUUACUGUAGGCUGCGUAGCGAGGCUCUAAAACAAUAUGCCCUCUCUUGUAACUGUAGCUGCUGAUAAUGUUCUUUACUGCUUUUACUUUUACUCCACACUGCCACCUAGCGGGCUCAUCGAGCAUAGCGUCUCAAUGCAAAACGGCAACCAAGUGCUGUUUGAAACUAAGAAUUUCGAUAUACUUUCUGUGUUUGCUUGCUUUUGUGCUGCAGGAUAAAUGCCAUGUAAAUGAAAUUAAAGUGCUUACAAGUAUAUCAGUACACUAAUGAGCAAUGCUGAUUUUUU